UCGAGCACUUGUGCGCAGCCGUGAUACGAGCGCCACGAGGACGUCCAGAGGCCCAGCCACAGCGUCGCCCGCUCGACGUCUCCUGCCUGCGGGGACCUGCGAGUGGCGCUGGGUCCCGCCGGCCGCCGUCGCUCAACGGUGAGCCGACCCGGGGUGAGAGCAGCCGCAGAGGUAGGUGGCGGCUGACAGCACCGGGCGGCCGACGGAGCACAGGAAAGCGACCCGGUGCUGGCAGCGAGCACCAGGAUGUCGGGCCGCCGCCUCGUCCCAGCCUGCGACAGACGCCCGCUGCCACGGGGCCUGGGGAACAUGGGCUCCCCCCCCAUCGACCCGCGGGCCCUGCGCCUGCCCUUCCUCGAGGCUGACGGCCGGCUCCCAUCGAUGUGCGGGCGCUCGAUGCAGCUGCCUUCGCGGCGGAGCCUCCUGCGCUCUCGGCUGCUGCUGCCGCCGCCGCCGCCGCCCCCCCCGCCGGCGCCUCCCAUCGAUGCGCUCAGGGCUCCGGGCGCCAUUUUAGGCGGAGAGCGAGGGAGGCCGAAGGAAGGGUCGGCGCCUGCAAGGCAGUCCUUGCUCGCAAUGUAUAGAACAAAAGUGAGCUUGAAAGAUCGUCAGCAAUUGUAUAAACUGAUUAUUAGUCAGCUGCUGUAUGAUGGAUACAUAAACAUUGCCAAUGGCCUGAUAAAUGAGAUAAAACCACAGUCAGUCUGUGCACCCUCUGAGCAGCUGCUGCACUUAAUUAAACUAGGGAUGGAGAAUGAUGACAGUGCAGUUCAGUAUGCUAUUGGGCGCUCAGAUACAGUAGCACCAGGCACAGGAAUUGACUUGGAAUUUGAUGCAGAUGUACAGACUAUGUCCCCUGAGGCUUCUGAAUAUGAGACCUGUUACGUCACAUCUCAUAAAGGGCCGUGUCGUGUAGCGACCUACAGCAGGGAUGGUCAGUUAAUAGCUACAGGAUCUGCUGAUGCAUCAAUAAAAAUUCUUGAUACAGAGAGAAUGUUGGCAAAAAGUGCCAUGCCCAUUGAGGUCAUGAUGAACGAGACAGCUCAGCAGAACAUGGAGAAUCAUCCUGUUAUUCGAACUCUUUAUGAUCAUGUGGAUGAGGUUACCUGUCUGGCUUUUCACCCAACAGAACAAAUCCUAGCCUCUGGUUCAAGGGACUACACGCUCAAAUUGUUUGACUAUUCAAAACCUUCUGCAAAAAGAGCUUUCAAAUAUAUCCAGGAAGCAGAAAUGUUACGCUCAAUCUCUUUUCAUCCUUCUGGAGACUUCAUACUUGUUGGUACCCAGCACCCUACGUUACGGCUCUAUGAUAUCAAUACAUUUCAGUGUUUUGUGUCAUGUAAUCCUCAAGAUCAGCAUACUGAUGCUAUAUGCUCAGUUAACUACAAUGCAAGUGCUAAUAUGUAUGUGACAGGCAGCAAGGAUGGUUGCAUCAAAUUAUGGGAUGGCGUUUCAAAUCGAUGUAUCACUACUUUUGAGAAAGCACAUGAUGGAGCUGAAGUAUGUUCUGCAAUUUUUUCCAAAAAUUCAAAGUACAUCCUGUCAAGUGGAAAAGACUCUGUAGCUAAACUAUGGGAAAUAUCGACAGGUCGAACGCUGGUCAAAUAUACAGGAGCUGGUUUGAGUGGACGACAGGUGCAUAGAACGCAAGCAGUUUUCAACCACACGGAAGACUAUGUUUUACUUCCUGAUGAAAGGACCAUAAGUCUCUGCUGCUGGGACUCAAGAACUGCUGAACGAAGGAACCUUCUUUCAUUGGGUCAUAACAGCAUUGUUCGCUGUAUUGUUCAUUCUCCUACCAAUCCUGGUUUCAUGACAUGCAGUGAUGACUACAGAGCUCGAUUUUGGUAUCGAAGAUCAACCACAGAUUAAAGACAAUGUUUCAUAAAACGGUUCUCAUCCAGAUUCGUUAUACCAUCUUGUACUGAUUGUACUGCCAAAAAAUUGGAGCUGGUUCUGUGCUUCACGUCUCACAUGUGAUGGAAAAAGAUGAAAAUGCUCAGGCUUAGUUUUCCCGUGCCUGCUGUUUUUUGUGGGAUUUUUACAGAAGUGAUGCCACACUGAUUUUAAGUCAUCUUUACCAUUUUUUCUCAAUAAAAUUAAUUCUCCAAGGACACUUUUAAAAAAUUUUUUAUGUCUAAAUUUUGGGGGGUUGGGGGAACAGGCGUGAGCGAAUCCUGUUCAGUCUGGGUAGAAUGAGCCAGUUUUGCUCUGGAUUGGGCUUGUGCAAUCCUGCAGAAGUCCAUCGUUUAGAAUGGAUUGCACUAGAAUUCAGCAGAAUUUGGCCAAAUAUUUUAAUGAGUUCUGAAACCAUCUUUCAGUUCUGAUUCAUGCUUUGGACAGGCAGAGGUCUGUUUUAUAUCCUUUUUAUUAUGAUUUUUUUUUUUAAAAGGUCGAAUGACCUUCCAGCUCUGAGCCAGAAUCCUGUGCCAUAAGAACUUGACUUUCAUUUUUAAAUCAUUUUAGUUGAAUUCAACAAAAUGUACUUUUUUUUUUUAGUUCUGAUAUUAAAGCUCAGACUUGAAAUCUU